CGGGGAGGUCGAGGAAAAAUGCCAGCUUCUCUAAGAAAACUGCAGCAAAUGGCUGUUUUCAUGGGACUGUUCAGCGGUGGGGGAUGCAUCGUGAUGUAUAAUCUUAUGCAAAAAAGUUUUGCCAGGACCCAGUAUUAUCAGCAGGCUUUGGAGCAGCUGAACAGCAGUCCUGAUGCCCUGGAAGCCCUGGGUGCCCCCCCUCUUAAGGUUCACAACAUCCGACUGACAGAUGGGAGUAAUCACGUGGACACAGAAAAAGCACAGAUAAAGUUACCAGUAUCUGGAACAAAAUCAGCGGGUUACCUCUACAUUAACUCGGAGAUGGAUCACUCCCGUCAAUGCUGGUGCCUUCAGGAUGUCACCUUGAAACUACGCAAUGGCCAGAGUAUUCCCGUUUACCACUCCCCAGUGGAACGCAUUGGUGUGCAAGAAGGCUAA